AGCCCUAACCACGUCGGCCCGCAACUUCUCCGGUUUACUCCAAAAGUAUCAUCGUCUCUUACGCGCUCGUUGAAGGGGCGAUCGGAUUACCUGUGGCCGUUUUACUUCCCAGCUCAAGAAGAGAGGAGAGCGGAAGAAGGAGCAGCAGGUGACGGCUUCGGCGAGUGGUGGCGAUGACGUUGGAUGAUGAUAAAUCCAUCUACGUAGGGGGUCUCCCGUACGACUGCACCCAGGAGGACCUACGCCGUGCGUUCGAUCUCUACGGCGCCAUCGUCGACGUCAAGAUAAUAAAUGAUCGGCAAGUUGGAGGGAAAUGCUAUGGGUUUGUCACAUUUAGAAACCCUAGAUCAGCUGUUGAUGCUAUUAUGGACAUGAAUGGCAGGAAAAUUGGAGGAAGAGCUGUAAGAGUUAAUGAAGUUCAUACAAGAGGUGGGAGGCCAAAUUUUCAACGUGAAAAUUUUCAUCGAAAUGCUGAUAGAGAUGAUGAUUGGGAGAGGGGCAGGGAAAGAGAAAGGGAUCAUAUACAGGACAGAGACCACUAUCUAGAUCGGAGCAAUGAGCGGUUUCGAGAUCGUGAUAGGCAAAGAGAAAGAGAAACAGAUUUUGAGCGUGGACGUGACUUUGAUCGAGCAAGAGCACAUUCUUUGGAUCGAGAUCGAGAUCGAGAAGAUGAUGAUCAUGAACGUGCAUGGGAGCGUAAUCGAGAUCGGGAAGCGGACCGUGAUAUGGACUGGAACGGUGAUAGAGAUCUGGACAAAAAUAAAGAUCAUGACAUAGACAAAGAACUAGAUAAGGAGCAACAGCCAAGACAGCGACUUGGGUAAUCUCUGGGACCUUUUGA